CUCCUGUAGUCACGUUCAUGUUUUGGUGCAUUAGCCUUGGCUGUUUGGUUAGCCCGUUAGCUGCGCUUCUGUUGUAGAUCAUUUAGCGAUGAAUAAAGGCAAAGCCAGCGGCGUGUCGUGGGUCAAACCGGCGGAGCCGUCCUUCCUGAAGAAGUUUAAAACCGACGUGGGAUUCAAAGAAGGACCAAAUGUUGACACCAAGCGUCAGGCGAUGCCCACGCCGGACGACGACAGCGGAAGCGACAAAGAAGACGAACUGCCUCAAGUGGUGGUCCUAAAAAGCGGAGACCUGAGUGCAGACGAGGUGAAGAAGCUCAAGGACGAAGUGCGAGACGGAGGCGAGGGCGAGAAAGGUGAAGAAGCUCCUCCAGACGGCAAAAUUCUCUUCAAGAAACCAGCCAAGCGCUCGUCCUCUGACAAGUUCCAGGGCAUCACUGCCAGCUCCAGCAAGAAGAAGAAGAAGGAGGACAGAGCAGGAGAGCAGGACGAGGACAAAGAUAGAAAAUCUGAGAAGAAGGUUAAAAACAACAGUCUGCUGUCAUUCGGAGACGAUGAAGAGGAAGAGAACGACUAAAUGGAAGACUGGAGUGAGGGAUAGAAACCAGAAGCGAUGUUAAGGAGUUAAAUGUUGUCAUGUUUGGUCUGAAAGGACGUCUCUAUUCUCCUUUGUUUGCUGCUCAUAAAUCUCCAGCUGAACUGGUCCCGUCUGGACCGGCGAUCGUUUCUGACAAAAUCUACAAACACUUUCAUCUGUAUCCGGUACCGUUCUGACGUCUCCAGCAACUCCUCUACUCCUUCUGUUGCUUGUAAAAAGCCAGACUCCUGAGUUUUUUUCAGCGUUUUUAAAUCAAUCUCUCCAUUGUUCAUUUUGUGUAAUGACUUUUUUUUUUUUUCCACUUUAGACAAGUGGACAAGAAUUAUCCUUGGCAGCUGUCCUCAGAUUGUUAAAGACCUGACCGAACCGUAGAGACGGAUCAGCCCGCUGGUCCGUCUACUGCCAUGACUCUCUAACUUCACUAGAAAUACCAGCAUCACUGCUCCAGGUUCUAACUGGGUCUAAACCUUCUGAAAUCAGCACCACUGAAAAAAGAAGGAAAACUGGGACAUUGAUGAGAUAUAAAGGCAUAUUUAGAAACCCAGCACAGCGCUGCCUGUAGCUCACCGUGUCAGGAGUCCCGUCUGUCUGUACAGAGACAUUCUGUGUGUUACAGCAGCAGAACGCCAUGGAGGACCAAACCUCAGUUACAAAUAAAAUCUGAAAUAUAUAAAUGGCCCAAUAAAUAAAUCAAUACACUUAAAUUGCACCAAGAAUUUUACCUCAUUUAUUAAUUCACUAUCCAAUAAUUAUUACAAUCAUUUUUCAUAAGUGCUGCUUCAUACUGUCUGAUGUUAGUUGGCUAUGAGUUCUGUGGUGGAAUAUUUUAUUACCUGACAAUAUAUUAUGAAUAUGACCCGUUAAUGUAAUUUUUCAUCACAAUCCCCUCCAGAUCAUAAAAUAUGUAAUUUUUAUGUCAAUCUGA